AUGGCCGAGCGGUCUAAGGCGCUGCGUUCAGUCUCAUCAGAGUUCUACUCCUCAAUCGAGGGCCGGGACGACUGGGAACGAAUAGUGGGGGGCACCAAGGCCCCAAACGGAUCCAUCCCCUACCAGGUGUCUUUACGCUGGUUUGGAGUCUGGCAUUUCUGUGGGGCGUCACUAGUGACCCCCAGGGUCAUACUGACGGCCGCUCAUUGCGUUGACAGAGCCAGACCAGAAUACCUAAGAGCAGUUGUAGGCACCAACCAACUGCGAGCUGGUGGGAAAUCCUACAGCAUCCGAAAGAUCGUCGCUCAUGAGGAAUAUGACGACGACGUGAUCAAGAACGACAUAGCCAUUUUGUUCACUGAUGAAGAAGUCGAUUUUGGGAGUAUAAUUGAUGCUGUGGAGCUGAACGAUGAACCGGUGGAAAGAGGGGAGGAUAUGAUACUCACUGGAUGGGGGACUACUUCUUACCCAGGGCGUCUCCCAAACGACCUGAUGCAGCUGGACCUGAAAGCGAUAACUUACGAGGACUGCAAGGAAGCCCAUAAGAAUGUGAACGAGGUCUUCGAAACCCAGAUCUGUGCUCUGACCAAAGCUGGUGAAGGGGCUUGUCAUGGUGAUUCAGGAGGUCCUCUUGUGAGGGAGGGUCGCCAGGUUGGCAUCGUGUCGUGGGGCAUCCCCUGUGCUAGGGGAAAACCAGAUGUUUACACGAAGGUUGAAGCCUACAUGCGCUGGAUUGAGAAAACUCUUUAUGAUGAUGAUGAGGACCACCUGAGGGACCUGCAUAAGAGAAGAACCAACAGACACAGAAGACUGAAUGUAGUAUCGUAGGCACAGAUCUUAGGUCUCAAACUGUACUUUAAACGACCGAUUUUGAAGAA